CAGUUAGCUCCUAGACGCGGUGGAGGGAGGGUGUGCUCGGCGCCUCCGGGUAUCCAUUUUCCUCCAUACUUCACCAUGAACGCCACGCCGGACGUCGAGGAGGUGGCGGAGGAGUACCGUUCAUCCUUACGGGACCUCGUCAACAACUCCAAGCCUCUAAUUACCAUGCUAACGAUGCUGGCGGAAGAAAAUCGGGCCCACGCCGCAGUGAUCGUUAAGGUUAUCGAGGAACAUAUACACGAGAUCUUCUCUUCUUCAAAGGUUGGCGGGACGCAGAAGCUGCCGACGAUGUACCUGAUAGACUCCAUCAUGAAGAACGUGGGCAGCCAGUACAUCAAGCUCUUCGCCCACAACAUCAUCCCCACCUUCUGCUGCGUGUUUGAGAAGGUGGACGAGAGGACGCGGAAGAAACUGUACGAGCUUAGGACGACGUGGAACGAGGUAUUUGCCAAGUCGAAGCUGUAUGGCCUAGACGUGAAGGUCCAGGCCAUUGAUCCCGCCUGGCCGCUGCCCGUGGUUCAGCCCUCUUCCAUCGGCGGCGCGCAGCCAACCGCCUCCAAGCAUAACAUCCACAUCAACCCAAACAUCAUCAAGCCCGGUGGAGUAAAGACUAGCACUCUCUCCACAUCCUCCACCCAGAAGAACCAGAAGGAUAUGGAGAUUCUCAAGCUGAAGAGGGAGGAGGAACUGCUCUCGCUGGAACGCAAGAAACUGAUGCUUGAGAAAAAGAAAAUACUACUGCAGCAGCAGAGUCGACACGGAAAGCCGGAGGUGGAGGGGGACAAGUCUGCAUCCCCUGUCAGUGGAGACCCGAGCAUAUCCAGCGAGCGUCGGUCACAGUUCCUCCGCACGUACAAGAUUAAGAAAAAGGCCCAGGGAGAGGAAGAGCCAAAGGGCCCAAACAUUCACCUGGACCCACGGCGAGUGCACCAAGUUCUUCCGCUGGUGACUGCUGCCCCCCCCUCCCCCCUCACGCCUUCCGACACAAGAUCGCGAGGUGGGGAGGCCAUAUCCCGCGACCCCAGGCUAGCACAGGACAACCGAGCAGCGGGGGAGGCAUCGCGUGACCCUAGGCUAAACACUGAGGGCUUCCGCGCCGACCCCAGGCUGGCCUCACAUACCCCAGAGGUCGCACCGAAGGCAUCCCGUGACCCUAGGCUAGCCGGUAAGGAGGCGAAGGAUAAGGAGAAGAAGGAGGAGAGGAAGGAGAAGGAGAAGAAGAAGGAACAUCAUCGGAGUUCGUCAAAGAAGGACUUCUCGACGUCCUCCCGAGACUCCAAAAAGAAGAAGGAGACCAGUAGCAAAUCCUCAAAAUCCCCUUCCUCCUCCUCCUCUUCCUCCUCCUCUUCCACAAACAAGUCCACACACCAUGAAAAAGAUACCACCACAUCCACUAUCAUCACCACCACCACCACAGCCACUCCCACCAUCGCCACCACCACCUCCGUAUCCACAUCCAAAGCCUUCCGGAAGUCGUCAACGCCGGAGGUCUCGGAGGGCCCGGCGACGUUCAAGAGUGACCGCAGGAGUCGACAGCGCACGUACAAGAAGCGAGAGGAGAGCCCCGAGGACCUGCCGGAACCCCAGGCCGCCAAGAGGAGCCGGGUCGAGAUCACGUCAGACUCGGAUAGCGACCAUUACGACGCGAAUAGGCCGAGUCCCGCGUUGUACAAUAAGACUGUCAAGAAGGUGGACUCGGGCAACCUUACCCCCCCCAGCACCACCACCACCACCACCACCAGCACAGUUGCCGACACAGACUACCGACAGUUUACCUCACCGCCCACCAAGACCGAGGGCAACCUGUCCCCACCCAAGAAGGAUAGCCUCAUUGACGAGCUCUUCAGCAAAAAGGAGGAUGUGGACUAUCGACAGCUCCUACCCCAGCCUGGCAUGCUCCCCACGGCGACACUCCCAGCAGCGUUCAAAAUGGCAGACCAGGACGAACGCACGCCGGCCCUCGACAAACCUCACCACCCACCUCGGGAACCCCUUGCGCCCCUCAACAAGGACCCUAACCUAUCCCCGCAUCACCCUAAGGUUGAGCCAAGCACCCCGGUCACCCCUGCGCUGAGUGAGAUCGAGCGCAGCAGAAAGUUAAGCUUCAAUAGCCCCCAUGCCGCAUCCUGGGAAAAGUUCCGCCAGAAGAACCCGGAGUUUAAGGAGUACCAGCGGCAGGCCAGCACAUCAGAGCCCGAGCGAGGAUUCAUGCCCAUGGAGGUGGACCAAGACAUGCCAUUCUGCAGUGGAGCGUCCCCCCAGCCUCCACCCAACGCCCGGGGCCACCAAUUCCCGGGGCGUCCCUUCGAGGAGGCCCGGAACUCCCCACACGCCAUGCCCCGCGAUGGACCCUGGCCCCCUUAUGACGAGGAGGGCCGGCGGGGCUUUAUGGGCCGGAAUAAAGCAACGCAGGAGAACUUUAAGAUGAUACUGGAGCAGGCGCAGGAGCAGAGAGACCGAGGCGAGAUCAGUGAAGCCCAGUAUCAGCACAUGGCGAACCAGCUGCGUCUUUUCACGGAGCAGGAGCAGAUCAGGGAGGCGAGGGAGAGGGAGAGAAUGCAACACAGACCGCACGGACCUCAGCAACAACAACCUCCCCCGCCACAACAACAACAACAACAACAACAACAGCCACAGCCUCCCCCGCCACAGCCUCCGUUUAAAGUGCGGUUCCCCCCCACAGGCGCCGAGAAUGACUGGGGCGGCGGACGGGGGCGGGGCAUGUCUGACAACUUCCGGGGAGGUGGCCGGGGCGGCUUCAUGGGCCCCGGCAUGCACCAGGGACCCCGGAACAUGGGGAGAGGCGGACGCUUCGACGAAGAGGAAGGUGGGGGCUGGGGCCGGGGUGGUGGGCGGGGCGGGUGGCCAUGGCGGGGCGGCCGACACCCCAGGGAUGAGCGCGGGGGCAUGAGUGGCAAUAAUAACAGUGGUGGCGGGGGCGGGGGCGGGGGCGGGGGGUGGGGCCAGCGCGACGGAGGCAUGCUGGAGGACGAGUGGACGGGUGAGCCUGACCUGCCCUACGUGUCGGAGGAGGCGCUCAAGGCGGCGGCGCGGGAGGCUGAGACGCGGACCAUCGAGAUCGACGGCGUGCCUCGGGAGAUCCGGACGUACGGCGAGACGGCGGUGAUCCUGCUGGACUGGAACGACCCGCGCAUCCUGACCUUUGGCGACGGCCACUGCAACAUUGUGUUUGACGGGGGCAAGUUCAUGCUGCCCAUGCGCCUCGGGGAGGACUACAAGGAGUUCACCAUCGACGGGGAGACCCACCGUGUCAAGCUGGGCGUGCCCACGCAGGAGCUGAUGCUGGACGGCCGCGGCUACCAGUGCUUCUUCGGCGGCAAGCCCAUCACUGUGCACCUGGCGGGCCAGCCGCGCACCGUGUGCCUGGACGGCAAGCCGCCCACCGUCAACAUCGGGCCGGUCACCAACACAGAGUUCGUGGCGGGCAAGGUUCAGCUGGUGAUCCACGCGCGCAAGGUGGUCAACCUGUUCCUGGACGCCAAGCCGCAGCGCUUCAACAUUGACGGCAAGCCCUUCGUGCUGCAGUUCACGGACGGGCUGCGCGCCGUCACCAUCAACAACGUGCGCUUCCCCGUGGAGUUCGGCGGCCUGCCCAUCAGCAUCAGCGUGCGGGGCUUCCGACGCUUCCUGCGCUUCACCUCCCUGCCGCAGGGCGUGCUGCCCGGCAAGGUGCUCAUCCGCGGCAUGGAGACGGAGGCGCAGAAGAAGGCCGGCCUGCCGCCACAGCCACCACCCGGAGCAGACAAGUUCCUGCCUGACAGCCAGAGCCGUGGCUCCCCGGCGCUGGACAUGGCCCGCAAGCCACCCUUCAACCCCAUGGAGAAGCCCCCAGUACCGCCCCACCUGCCCGUGGGCCUGGGCCAGCCCGGGGAGGGGGUGUUUGGCAUGCACCAGGGCCCCGUGCCCCACAUGGGCCCCAACGCCCCAUGCCCCGUCAUGCCAGUGCCCCCUCAGCACCCCCACCCCAUGCCCUCAGGCCCCAUGCCCUCAGGCCCCAUGCCUCCCCAGGGCCCCCCCCAGAUCCCCACCUCCCUGCCCCAGCUGGCCCAGCAGCUGGCGCCGGCCAUCGUGGCCUCGCAGGGCGGGCCGCUGCCACUCCCCGGCGUGGCGGUGCCCACCCUGGCCCAGCCCGUGGUGCCGCUGGCCGUGCCCGGCGCCUACAUGACCACGCAGAUCGCUGCCACCACCUUCAAGCCCUCGCAGCCCAAGCCGCUGGACCUGUCCGCCCUGCUGGAGAACCUGACGCGCACCGGCCUCAUCACCACCAAGCCGCUGGCCGCCGCCAAGAGCCGCCGCGACAAGGACGAGGCCGACAAGAAGAAGGAGGAGGAGGCGCAGCGCGAGAAGGACGAGCUCAUCCCCUUCGAGGCAAUGUUCACCUCGGAGAACCUGCGCAGGCGCCGCGGGUGGCUGAUCGAGUACCUGUACCGUGGGAUGCAGUGCUCAUCCUGCGGGCUGCGUUACCCCCCCGAGCAGACCCUGCAGUACUCGCACCACCUGGACUGGCACUUCCGGCAGAACAAGAAGCAGCAGGAGUCCACCAAGAAGGCAAACAUCCGCAAGUUCUAUUUCUCCGUCCAGGACUGGCUGCAGUACGAGGAGAUUGAAGACGUGGAGGAGAGAGUUCCCAGCAUGUUCGAGACCGAGGGCAUGGAGGGCGCAAUGGAGGCAGAGGACACGGAGGAGCCCAGCGUCGCCGUAUCCUCGGACACGGCACUUGGCAUCUGCCCAGCUUGCCACGACACCUUUUCGCAGUUCUUCCACCAGGAGACGGAGGAGUGGAGAUACCAUAAUGCCAUACAAGUGGAGGGCAUCAACUACCACCCAGCGUGCCAUCAGGACUUGUUGAGGGCCGAAGCUGCGGAGAAGGAGGAGGAAGAACAGAAGAAGAAGGAGGAGGAGGAAGCAGCGGAGAACAAGGAGAAGGUUGAGAAGAAGAAGGAGGAGGAGGAGGAGGAAGAGGAAGGAGCUGAGGAGAAGAAGAAAGAAGAAGAAGGAGAGGAUGCAGAAAAGAAGAAGGAGGAGGAGGAGGAGAAGGAGAAGGAAGCAAGUGUCACAGGUACAGAAGACAAGGAGAAGGAGAAGGAAGGAGAUAAUGAAGAAGAGAAGGAGAAGGAGAAAGGGGAAGAUGCGCAAGUAAACGGAGAGAAAGAAAACGGAUCGACGGAAGGAGAGCCAGCGACCACCGAGAUGCUGCUGCCCAUCCGGAUAAAAGAGGAACCAAUGGAUGUGGAGGAGGUGGAUGUGGACGAGACUAGUAUGCUGUCUCUCCCCGAGGGCGUGACCGUCAAGCAGGAGGUCAAGCAGGAGCCAUUGGAUGAGGAUGACCCCUCUUCCCUCAUCCCUGCCGAGGGCAUGGAGGUGGACGGAGACUCACAGAACCAGGACGGGGAAGGAAGAGGAGGCGAGGAAGAGGAGGAUGAGGAGGAGGAGGAGGAUCAUUUCGUUUCUCCUGCCGUCAACGCUGCGGAGACCGACAUCGCGAGCUCCAUCGAUGGUAACAUGGAACUGCCGAUGCCGACCGACACUCUGGGAACGCGCCCAACCAUCGGGAAGAUCAGACUCAACAUCUCCAAGCCCAUGAUCAACAACAAUAACAAUAACAACAACAACAACACAAAUAGUAAUGACAAUGAGGAGGAGGCGGACAGUGCUGAACGGAAGAAGCGAGACGCCCUCAACUCCAGCAGCAUUGACGAGGAGGGAGAAGAUUUCGUUCCGCCGCCCUUCACCGUGGACCUCGAUCUCAAACCGGGCUUCGAGGGGGUGGAGCUUGACGAUCAACCCGUUCUCAUGCAAGGGGUUGAGAUGUCUGGGCUGUGCUCCAUCAUGUGAGGCCGAGAGUGAUACCUUAUGUGACUGCCUGGCUGACUGGGCGCUAGGCUGGGCUGUUUUCCUCCUCCCUGCAUUGUUCCUCCAUGUCCCCUGUUCCCCUUCCCUGUACUGUUCUUCCCUGCCCCUGUUCCCCCUCCCUGUACUGUUCCUCCCUGUCCCCUGUUCCUCCCUAUCCCCUGUUCCUUCUCUUCUAUAACUCAUUGCUUCCUUUCUGUCUUGCGUUCUCUCUGAUGCUGGGUUAGGCUGGGUUGUGUUAUUCCAUCUUGUAUCCCCUAUUCCCUCUUUUUAACCCUUUCUAAGCUUCCCAUUUCUACUCUUUCCUUUCCCCUCCAUUCUUCUACUUUUUCUUCUUCCCUUCCUCCAUCCCUCUCUUUCUUAACCCAUUUCUAAGCUGCCGUUUCUUCCUUUCUUCCUUGCGUCCAUUUCUCUGCUUUCUGGUCCUCCUCCUCCUCCUCCGAUCCCUUUUAACCCCUUUCUGAGCUACCCUUUCUUCUUAUCUCCAUUUCUCCUCUUUCUGAUGCUGGGUUAGGCUGGGUUGUGUUCCUCCCCCCCCUCUCUCUCUCUCUUCUGUCUCCUUCCCUCCUCUUAUUCCCCUCUCUCUAACUCCUUCUAAUCUACCCAUUUCUUCUCUUCUUUCUUACCCCUUCUCCUCUCCUUGCUUUCCUUUCUGUGAUGCUCUGAGUCAACUAUUCCUGGUGGUGUUGUGAGGACUGUCAGUGAUUUGGUGUUGAGGAGGAUGAGUUACCUGCAGUCCCGUUCAUUAAAGUCUCAUUUAUUCACUGUACUUUCUUCUUUGGUUAACAGUACAAGGGAUAGAUUCAUGGGUACUCCCUUAUAUGUGACUCCUUGUUGGUCAGGGCAGGUUGGGUUGAGUGAUGGGAGGGUUGAGUCCAGUGGCUUGAGUCUAGUCGAGGGCGCUGGUGCAGACAUCCUCUUGGUGGCCCUGUUUGUCCUGGGCACCCUUGCAACUUCAUGAAAAGACAUCUCCAUCCUUGAAACUAACACUCCCUCCUCUGGUGUUGACUCCUUUGUUUCCUGCCUUGAGACAACAUCAAAACCUCCUCACCGUUUCCUGCCGGGCUGAGUGGAAGCCUCUCGGUCAUGUCCCUGCCCUGAGCUGUGUUACAAAAUGAGUCCCUGCCCUGCCCUGCCCCCCAGUGACCUAGCACCCUGUCCUGCCUCCCCUCCCCUCCCCGGUCAGCCAGCCAGUCAGCCGGGCCUAGUGACCUCUGGCUGGGUCGUUCCUCAGUGGGUAGUUUCAGUGCAGGCCCCGGCGGUGCCCGUGAGGUGCCCCGCCCCGUGAUAGUCCCGAGGGGUGCUGUGUGUGGCUCAAGUUUGUAAGUAGUAUUAGGAGGAUAUAUAUCUGACAUAUAUAUAUCUAGUUUUGUAUAUUUGUAUAUGCAUAUUGUAAAAUAAAUUAUAUUUUCUUA